AUGGAACAGAGCACAGAAGGGAUGAAUAAGAUUAGUAAUAAACAAAAUUUGAUUGUGAAUGAUAGUGGCACUAGAGAAGCAUUACCAAAAAGUAGCUGUGCAUCAUUUUUACCUUCUGCUGUCAUUUCAAUUCUUGUUAUUUUACUGAGGGUUAGAAUAGAAAUAUAUAUCAUCAUGAAAUCUGUCGAAGAAUAUCCACCGGAUCGACGAAGUGUCAAAGCUGCCAUUGAAGAUAACAUUGGAUCAUGUAUAAUUGCUUUAUUAUCACUUCUUGCUUUAAUAUCGGCUCUAUGUUGGCCAUUUGUUAAGAUGAAUAAAGUCUUUUCGGAACAUUUAAUCGAUAUGACAUCAUUCAAUGAUUAUCUAGUUGUGAAUGUAUUCGUUUUCGCAUCGUAUACAUUGCAAUAUUUGUUAACAGCUGGGAUACUAGAAAGUACGAAUCCACGCGGCUUUAAAUCGGAAUUGUUAAACGAAAAACAACUUCAACAACGCAAAAGUCAAAUUCGAAAGGAAAUUAUUUUAGGCAUCGGUGCUAUGUUUGGUAAUACCACCUACGCUGUCUCGUGGAUGUACUUCAUCGAACCAUAUUUAUGGACAACAAAUUAUUUUGUUCAUCGUCAAUAUACACUCGCUUGGUUUAUUUUCAAUAUUUUUGUCUAUGGUUUUAUCUUUGAUUCGUGGUUCUAUUGGACACAUCGUGCUCUACAUGAAUCACAAUAUCUUUGGGAUAAGAUUCAUACGACACAUCAUGCAUUUAAAAAUCCAUCGGCUUUUUGUCAAGAUGCUGUUCAUCCAUUAGAAGGUCUUGUACAAGGUCCAGUUGGCCAUUAUUUAACCUCAUUAGUCAUGCCGGUUCAUCCGAUUGCUCUAGCAUUCUUUGGUCUAUUUACAUCAUGUUAUGCGAUUGCUGCUCAUGAUGGACGUUUAGGAGAUUUUAAUCAUCACUAUGCUCAUCAUAAUAAAGGAAAAGGUCGUUUACACAAUUUUAAUUAUGGUCUUUAUUGGCCACUAUGGGAUCUAAUCUGUGGUACUCGUUAUCGUGAUCGUCCUGAUACAAACGAUGUCAAUCAUUCAUCGAAGAUAAAAGAGCACGACGAGAAAAAGUUCACAUGA